UGCUAUGCCAUCUUGUGUGGACUUUCUCCAGGAGGAUGGAGAGAAAUAUGUAUUAAGUCGGCCCGAAAACCUUCAAACCCCCACAGCGUUCGCUUGUUUGUUUUUUUGUGCUCUGUGACAAGGCACAGCUAUGGCCGGUAUACGCAGAGUAAACGGGAAAUUGUCAGGCGUCAACCCCGCUGUCAGUUGUUCUCGCCUGCGUCAGUUUCAAGCCCUGCUCUGCGAAGGAGAGUCCGUCACCCCUGAUGGCAUUUUGUGCUCUCUCGGAAUAGACAGCAGGUAUAACGAGGGAUGCACAGAGCUGGCAAAAUACCUUUUCUAUGGGUUGUAUGAACGGAAUCAGCCAAACUUGGAGCAUGCCUUUGAUGACUUUCCUGAGGAAGUGCUGGAUGACGUGAUCCUACUGAUAAAGGCAGAGUGUGUCCAUCUCUACUGCAACCCGUUGAACUACAGUUACCUGUUGCCUUAUGUGUCACACUGGAGGAAUCUGCAACUCUACUGCAUGACAGAGGCUGAGUAUGAAGACGAAGAAGCAGCGGAAGAAUUCAAAAUCUCAAGCUUUGUCACGAUGGUGCAGGACUGCCAGCGCAUUGGAGUUGCAUACAGCUCUCAGGGGCACAUCCAGAAGUUUGAUGUGUUCAUGGUGGAAAAGUGGCCCCUGAUUCAAGCAUUUGCCCUUGAAGGAAUAGGCGGUGGGAGCUUUUUUACCAUCAAAUACAAGAUUGUGGAUAUGAGUGAGAAGCUAUGGCAGGUGUACACCAGACUCGACCCAGUGUCCCUGGAUAAUCUCUUAACAGAGGACCUGGGAAUCUUUGAGAAGCAGUGGAGCAACUUUUUCUCCCGCAUGGACUUGGAGAGUCAUCUCUCCAUCUUGGAUCUGUCUGAGGCACAGGCAGGAGAGGCUUUCCGUACUUUCUACUGUCACGGGCUGAUUUCAAACAACAUCUCAGAUAAAAGUAAAAGUCGGCAGCCCUUUGUGCUGUUAGGAAAGCACUCCACCUCUGAGGACCUGGAGAACAUUUCCUUCAACUUUCCCUCAGAGAGCCAUCAGGUCCGCAACACGGGGCCUCAGGGUUCUGCUGCCAGACACAUGAUUCUACAGUGUGUGGCCCCCAAAGGCCCUUUGUCCUGUUCACGAACAUAUUUCUUUGGGAGUACUCAUACCCCGUAUCUUGGCAUUCAGAUGACAGAGCAAAAGAAAACCGAAGUCUUAGCAGCAUCACAGAUUUACUCUGCGGUGGUUCAAGGAGUCUUCUCUGGAAUAAAAUGCUACUCUAGUACAUCCAGUUUCACCGAGGCUAAAGAUGAGGCGGUGAAGUCGUUUCUUCUGGCGUUGGACUCGAUGGAUUUAGGCCACUAUCGCACUCAUCUCAGGUCAAAAUGUGAAUUCAGCAUUCAAGCCACAAAUAAUCAAGGAGUUGUAAUUCCUCUGACUGACGAAGGCAGCCGUUAUCUGGUCAAAACGGCUUCCCUGAUCGUCAGAGACAUCCCAGAGCUGCAGGAGAACAGGGGAGAGUUUGGCACCGUGCUCUACUCUGAAUCUUUUCUGGAGUCCAGCAUCAACAUUCAGCAGAGAGAUGGCACUGUGUCCUCAGACAGCUGCUACGCCAUCCUGACUGCAAAUGUUCCCCGCUACGCCUGCUGGCUGAUGGAAUCUGACGACAAGCUGUCGGGACAAGCCCUGCAUCUCGCUAUGAAAGAGGGUGGCAGUUUUCUGGGAGCUUCUCUGACUGAAGCAGAUGCUGCUUAUGUGUUUUCCAGUGGCCAGCUCUGCUCACCUGAGGAAGGUAAAAUCAGGUUUUUCUCUGACGGACUCCUGUUCAUCCACUCUCAAUUUGGGUGCAUCACUCUCCCGAAGGAUCACAUUCGUAAAAUCAUCUUUUAUCUCCCGGAUUCCUGCAGUGUGGGCUCUCUGUUUGUAGAGUACGAGAGCAGCCUGUUCCCACACCUUCCGUUCCCUCUGCACAGCUCUGAUCAGUGUCUACUCUUUGCUCUUCAGCCUAGAUCUAAGAGCUUCAAGGCCUUCUUUGCCAAGGUUCUGCCAGUGUGGAAAGAUCAAGAAGCUGGAUUCGGCUUGCAGCUGUUGGACCAAGAGCAGCUGUCCUUGAACCAAAGAAACAUGCACACCAGAGUCCAGAAGCUGCAUGACAGCCAGGAGCCGCCCGUUGCUAAGCGCAGAGACAACCUCAAGACUUCACACUCCAAGCUGCCAGAGCAGGAAAUGUUUCUUCAGCACUUCGCUUUGAGCAGCAUCGGUCAGGAGCCCAUUCUGUACGACCACCUGGAGGCGCUGUUCCCCUCUGCAGAGCUCACAAACCAAGCCUAUGAGAAGGGAGAUGAGGUUAUCAUUAACAUUAUCACUGGACUGCCUGGAAGCCAUAAGAACAUCCUUUCUUACUUCUUAGUGGACCAAACCAAAGAAGAUGGAAAGUGGGUGGUGUAUGAACCUGACAGCUUCUCAACCUCACACCUCCAGCAGUAUUUGUCGAGCUUCCUAGAGAGCCGAAGAGGACGAGGCAAGCCUCGCCUGUUGCUGCUCACACCCGGAUACACAGACGUUCUAGAUGUGGUCCAGGCCGUGCUGCUCCACCCAGAUGCGGCCGUCCGGGCUCGUUUCGCCGUCGGUGCCGUCACGGCCUGCGUGAACCCGCUGGCGUCUUGUAUGGAACAUUGGUUUGCUUUUCCCAAGCUGUUGGAACAGUGCAGUCAAGGUAUUGUGAGUACAGUGGUGUUCACGGGGCUGACAGCAGAGCAGAAGCACCCUCUCAUGCAGCAUGUUCAGCAGUUGGUACGCUCCGCUAACCCCACCGCUGCCUUCAUACCGGCAGAGAGAGGAGCUGUCACCAGGGACGAAGAUGUGAGCCUGAUACUGUCUGAGAGCAGCUUUGAUGAGCUGCAGAUGCUGAGAGCGCGCUACGUCCUCUACCCUGGAUGGUGCAAAGGACGCUUCUCCUCUGGCUCGGGGAGUGUGAGCGUCGCCCAGCAGCGUGUGGCUUUCAGCAGACCCCUAGAGAGGCCUCUGUUUGUCAUCCGCUGUAAAGCAAUCAAGUCGUCAUUAAAGUCGAGUCCAUUCAGAGGAAAUGUUUACAACAUUUGGGGGAAAGUCAGAUUUUCAGACUCAGCUGGUUUGAUGGAUGUGCGCUUCAAUGCGGUUAGCGGUAGCCUGACCAUCAUCCUGGACGAGACCCCACUCCACAAAGAGACCGGCUCCUCCUGCUACCUGACCUUCGACGGGGUUGGUCUCAUCCAGGACGAGCUGAAGGCCUGGUUGAGACUCUGUACCAAACAGAAGCAGGCCAAGAAAACAAAGAAGACUCCAAACACCCUGUCAGCACAAGAAAUCCAGAGCAUACAUGUGGCCCGACACUUGGAUCCGCUGCCACCAGGUUAUUUCUACAAUGGCUACCAAUACGUCGACAUCUUCGGAGAAAAAAGGAGCUUCCAUCCCAACAUGGAAGAGUUCAUUAAAGAGUACAUCUCUGAGGCCAACGAAGAGAUCGAGCAGUUCAACCGUCAGCUGCAGCUGCAAGAGGAGCCUGACUUGUUUGGUCCAUAAUAGAGUCUGUGUUUGAACGCAUCGCCUGUUGGUGGGUGGGGCGGGGCAGAUACACAGCACCAGGUCAAUAGUUUUCAAUGCGUAAUCCCUCCACACGCGUCUUCAGAAGGUGCAGCUUCAUCGGAUUCCUUCCAUUUGUCUAACACUGUCACCGUUUUUCUUUUUUUCGUCGAAUGGCCUCCAGUCCGUCAUGUGAGGCAGCGACCGCCUGCUUGGCACUGAGCUCUGAACGAAACAGCAAGUUGUUUUCAUUCGAAUCGAAAUGCAGACGGAUCCGAAACCAAAACACGACCUUAUACUCAACAUGAUUACGGCACAGAGCCUGCGAGCUAUGGCACUUUCACAACCGAAGGGGGAUUUUCAAUCACACACUCUCACAGCUUGAGCAUUUCUGUUUGUCACAGUCGGCGAAUUAAUGCGUCUAUUUCUGGGUUGGCUUGAAUAGCCGUAUGAUCCUGGUAGGCUCCCUGGUGGGGUUUCUCAAGAAUCGCUCCUCCUCUGUUGUCACCCAAUCCGCCGUCCACCUGUUAGCUUGUUCGCGAGCCACGCUGGAGCAGAGGGAGCGUUUGGUCGUGGAGUGGUAAACAUUAGAAAGCCUGACGGCUCAAUGCUACCGUUUGUCACAUCUCCACCAGCCAUCUCCGGCUUAUUUAAAAAAAAAAGAAAAGAAAAGAAAAACACCCCUCGAGGAGAUUGUCAUUGUACAGUACUUUAAAUUAAUUAAGAGUCUAAAACGAGGUUUAGUCAUUUCAUACCAGCUGUAAGCUGUCAAAAACACAUGGAGUCACACAGAUGACAUUUCCACUUGACAUAUUUACUCUGUAAACACUUCAGCCAGUUUAUUAACGCGUUCUUUCAAAUAGGAGAGACAGAUCAGUGGUGCUUUUUCAGAAUUCUUCUUAAGGCUGCAGUAAGUAACUUUUAAAACCAAUAUGUUUUUUUUAUUUAUUUAUUUUUUUUAUUUGGCAUAUUUGUUAUGUCUGUCACGACAGCAUAAAAUGAGACAGAAUAACCCGAGCUCCUCUGCCUUCUUCCUGUGAUUCUUCUGCCAUCUGCAGAAAUAAACUGCUCUAGGUCAGAAGCAACCAAUUGAAGCAAGGAGGAGGGGCUUAGAGCAGUCAAUCACCCCUGUGUACGAAUGGUGGAAAACCAACUAAACUUUACAGGAAAACAGUUUCUAGUUUGCUAACUUAUCUUAACAUUCACGGCAGGCUGACUUGCAGGGGUACUAGCUGUCAUAUAGCAAAGAGCAAGGAAGAAAGUGUGAGCAGCGCAUUCACAAGGAUAGUUGACAGCGGUAAGACCCUCCUCCUGAUUCUGAUUGGUUGUUUUUGACCAAGCAGUUUAUUUCUGCAGAUGGCAGAAGGAUCACAGGGUGAAGACAGAGGACCUUGAAUUUUUCUUCCCUCACAGAUUUUUUGUCUUAUGUUAUGCUGUCGUGACUGUUUUCACAAAUAUGUCAACAAAUAUAAACUAUUUCUAAAAAAGAAAAUACUGCUGCAAAUAUUGUCUUCACAUUACAUUGGUGUCAACAUAUUUGGGCAAAACCUGGAUUUAUGUUCAUGAAUAGCCAUUCAUGAACAUUCAUGUGUUCAUGUUAGAUGUGCAUUAGUGGAGCACAUAGUUGAAGGCUUAGUCACAAAGAUUUGGACUUGAUGUCCUUUUUAAGUGAGUUGCUUUGCUGCCAUUUGCUCCAUGAUUGAAUACCAUGUUGAUGUUAUAUGCAUGUUUUUGAAAUUGAAGAAUUUCCAAACCUGUGUUUUGCUGGUCCUGCACAGGAUUUGGAAUUCUGCCACUUUUAAGAAAAUCAAUAGGAUAAGCGCAGAUUUCACUCGUAAACAUGUGCUGGUAUUUGUGUGGCCGCAUAGUAACAUAGUGUAGGCACUCUUGAAUAAUAAACUCUAAAACUCGAUUUCCAGACACAUUUUUAAUCAUUUCAAGUAGGAAUCUUUCAAAUAAAGAUGCACCAUUCAGAAAUUUUUUGAUCUCCGGGUUUUGGAAAAGUUUGACCUGCUGAUACGGCAGUAGGCUAAUGACAAUUUCUCUUUAAACGCAAUGACAUAAGAUGGUAGAACAAUAUAAAAAAAGCCAUUACAGUUAGCCUUCCUCACAUAAACAGACUUCAUAAAUAUAUCAAGACCAACACAAAAUAAUGAUUGCGUUGAUACACAAGCUUCAGCAAAAGUAAAGGCAAAACAAACUAAUUGUUUUGGCAAUUAGUAUGAAUUACAUGGCUAACAUUGUGAAAACGGCAAGUGCGUGUGGAGCCCUUCAGAUUCUGAUCUUAAGCUGGACAUUUUUAUCGAUAAGUCUAUCAACAUUUAAACAGUUUUAAAGCACCAAAGGACUUUGUUGUUCGGUUCAGCCUUCCUGUUAUCUGUUGAGCCGAUUGCUCUCUCGCAGACUGAACAAACAACCCAAAUGUUAGCAAGCUGUAAGAAAUGCAGUCCAUUUAAACUAAAAUUUUUUACAUUAAUUUGACUUUCAGACUUCACAGUUAGUAAAAAUAGGUAACUUUAGCCCUUCUCCAUUCAGUAACAGAAUCCUCACUGUGCAGUACUAACAGUACACCUAUUACUAACUGAGUGGAGAGUCUAACAGAUCACAAUCAACUACAGAUUUUCUUGGUGUAUCUCUGCUUCUAUCUGGAGAUUUAAAGGCACACAUUCAAAAUGUGGUUAGCAAUGUAAUAAGCAGACUGCACCGUUUAGUCAAGUGGCUAAUAAAAGCAGCUUUGGGACGUCGCGUUAGAUGAAAUUACAUUUUUCACCAGGAAAUGAUCUCAUUUGGUGAAACUUUAAUACAAAUAUGUAUGUAAACCUGUUAAAUGAGCAAAAAUGUAAUGAAUAUCGCAAGCUAACCGUCAAUGUGACUGCAGUCCGCAUGGUCUGGUCUGUAGAAGCCAUAACCUUUUAAUCUAGUGGAGCUGUAGUCCUUUUGUCAAGUUAUGGAGACUACAGAAAAUCAGUAGACCAUUAUCUAUCAAAAAUUCACAUGGAGAGGAGCUUGUUUCAUAUUUCUUCUCUUAACUAUCCUCUUUUCGAUAAAAGUGCAAUUCCUCUGUGUUUUUAUAUGUCCUCGUCAGACGCCUCUUUAAGGACGAAGAUGAAUCAAAUGAGCUGCUGAACUCUCCAGCUCCGGUGGCUGGCUUCCUGUCCUUUGCCGCCACCACUGCUCACAUGGUAAAAUCGAGGGCUUUGUUGCAAUUAAAUACCAUUGGG